CUAAUUAUUGAUGUGGGCGUGGCUAUACUCAGAGUUGGCUCAAUAGAAGUAAAGUGGGGUGAUCGCCUCUUUCUCUCUCUUUCUUUCUCUCUUUAUGCUGCCGCCUCGCUGGGAGACAGAGACUACAGAUAGCAAUGGGGCCAGAGAAGGACAGAGAGGAAUGACCUGUGCUUUUAUUUCAAGAGGCCUUAUACUAUUCGCCAUUGGUUGCAUUAUUAGAAUGGCGCUGGAUUUGUUGCAAGUUGAGGCUAAAUUCUCUACACUCUGGCUAGUACCAGUCAGUGGCCUAGCUGCUGCAUGCAUUGGUUUGUUGUAUCCUUACGUGACAUCAAAUUCAAUGGAUGACAGUGACCCUCCUGAUGGUGCAAUGAUCAUCAGGUGUAUUGCUGUCUUUGUUGGAGUCUAUCAAGCAAGCACUAAAAUAUAUUUUUCGAGUUACUUUGAGCUGUUCAUGACACUAAUAGCUCUGGCAGUUGGGAUGUGGUGGCUCUUCGACAGGAGCAAGUCAGGACUCACUUUCUGUCUCCUGUUAGCAUUCAUUUUAGCAUCAGUAACUCAGUUUCUGUACAAAUACAAAUACACAAGACAUCUUGUUGGCAGCGAGUUCCUUUAUCCAAGAGCUUGGGCCAUAUAUUUCACAGUCUGUGUUCUGUUUGGUACCAUUGGCCGCUGGGUACAGCAGCUGGAGUAUCAAUGAACACAGAGUCUCCGCCCUCCAUUUAAUCAAUUUAUUAUUAUUAUCACUGGAAUGUCAUUUUGUAGCUAAUAACGUUAUUACUAAUUAUUACUGUAUAUUAUCAUUAUUAUUAAUUUUUGUGUUUUUUGAAUUUUUAUCCAAAAAUGAGACAAGUAAUUAAAAUGAUUUUAAUAUCUG